UCAAGGUGCGAGCGAAUGGGGUGAGGUUGGCCCUAGUUGCAGCCACCUCUGGCCAGAGCGCGCUUCAGGGACAUGGCAGCGCCAGACGUAGACCUGGACCUGGGGGACUCGCUGCCGCCCUAUGCCUCGGAGGAAAACAAGAAGCUCGAUGCAGAGAUCAAGCAGAAGCAGACGCAGAUCGAGUCGAUUGAGGAGCAAAUCGAGAGAGAUGGCGCACGUGUGAAGAUCAUGACCGACCACCUGGUAAAUGUUCAGCAGGAGUUGGUGAACACACAGCAGCUGGUGGAUGCCAAAAAGAACGAGUCGGCCACCGAGGAGCACCUUCAGGCUCUGACAAAUCGGCAGCUGGGCCGAUUGAACUCAGAGAUCGUGAGGCUACAGAAGGUCUUGGAAGACACCCAGGAUCAGAUCAACGCAUUCUCCAAUGAGCUGAUGCGCGGCAACGAGAAGUUGGAUCAGUUCAAGCUGGAGAUGAACUGGAACCAGGAGGAGCUGGAGCAGUGGGCCAUCGCCGCCCGACAGAAGGAGGAGGAUGAGCUUACACUGGAGAAGUACAAGCGCGCCGAUGACUCCAAGGUGCGGGAGCUCACGUUGACCGUGGAGAAGCUCACGGUAGAGAACUCGAACCGGCGAAAAGAGCUGGACGACUUGGUCACAGACACGCAGGCCAAGCAAAUCGAGAUGGACAAGACUGCGGAGCUUUUCCGACAGCUACAUGAUGAUCGGAAGAGGAUCAUCGAGCAGUGGGAGGAGUCUGUGAAGAGCAUGAAAAGCCGCGACUCGCAGUUGGAGCGUUUGGGCGAGGAGUAUGCAGCCAACAUGACCCGCAAGAAGACCAAGGAGGACAAAAUGAAGGAGCGCAAGCAGUUCUUCGAGGACAUCGAGGGAGAGAACGAGAAGAUGGAGCAAACAAUCCAACAGACGGAUCGGCAGCUGGUGCGCAUGCGCAUGGACCACAUGGAGGCCAAGACCUCGCUCACCGGCUUCAAGGACGAGGUGGAGGUGAUGAAGAAUCAGCUGAAUGCGUGCAUCUCCGAGAAGAUUCGGACGCAGAACGAGCAGGAGGUGGGCGCCAAGCGCUUGGAGCAGCGGAAGGACAAGCACGACGAAGCCUACAAGAGCCUGGAGCUGCACAAGAAGGCCCAUGCCGACCACCAGGAUAUGCGCAGGAGCAAGGAGCAGAUGAGCGAAGACGCAGAGAAAGCGAGGCAGGAGAUGCUGAACAACAUGAAGAUGGUGGAAAAGGAGAUGAAAGCCGCCAAGGAGAGCCACUACAAGGAGAGCCAGGAGCUCUACCGGCUCCGCGGGGAGGAGGCCACCACACUGGGCGCCAUCAGCGGCGCGCAGUCGGCCAUCAAGAACCUCCAGCUACAGAUCAGCAAGCUGGACCAAGAGCGGCAGCGCCAGCAGGAGCUGCUCUACGCUGUAGACUUCCAGUCCCAGCUCAUGCAGCGUAAGGUGGCGCGAGUUUCCGGCGAGCGCACCAUCGAGGAGAAGGAGGAGCAUAACCGCAAGGCGGAGCAGCUGGAGAAGCAGCUGGAGGAGCAGAAGAGUUUGCACGCCAUCCUCCAAGCGCAGAUCAAGCGGCAGGAUGCGGAGCUGAAGAACUCGCAGAGGACCUUGGCCAAUGUCAAGAAAGACUGCGAGGGCAUGAAGACCACUAUGGAGGAGCUCGAGCUGCAAAAUACCAUCAUGAACCGCGCGGUCGCCAAGGUGGUUAAGGACAAGGAGGAGUCUCUGAUGCAGCACGACAUCCUGAAGUUGGAGGUCAAGCGUCUGAAGCAGCAGCUGUCAUCCAAGACCGAGAACUUGUACAGCUUGGAGAAUCGCAAGCAGCAGCUACAGAUCAGCAUGGAGGAGAGGGAGAAAGAGAUCGAAGUGCACACGGAGGUUCUGCGGGCACAGCUGCGGGCCGCGGAGGAAGAGAAGCACAAGGUGGCGAUUGAGCUUGCGGAGCGCAAGCAGAAGAUCUUCACCUUGAAGAGCAAGUACGACAACGUCAUGAGCAAGGUGAAGAAAGAGGAGGGCGAGCAGCUCAGCCAGGCCCAUUACAUGAUCAAGGCGGCGCAGGAGAAGGAGGAGCUGCAGCGCCGGGGGGACGAGUUGGACGACAAGAUCCGGCGCGCGGAGAAGGAGAUCCGGUCGUUGGAAAACACUCUAGGGCACCUGGUGCAGCGGAACCAGAAGUUCAAAGAGAAUUUGCAGACCACCAACCUGCAGAAUCAGUCCGAGGUUGAGGAGAAGCAGACCCUGGAGGAGCAGUCCCGGGCUGCGAACGAGGUCCUCUUCAAAAAGAAGAAGGUUCUCGCGCAGAUCGAGCAGGAGGCACAGGAGGAUGUGAAUCGCUUCGAGGAGCUGCAGCGAUCAAUGCAGCACUUGGAGGAGCAGGUGAACGAGCUCACGGCGGCCCGGGAUGUGCUGCGGCAGGACAUCGAGGCCCAGGGGCCCAAGCUGGACCGCGCGCAGCAGGCGCUGGAGUCCGCACGGGCGAGAGCCAUCCAGGCUGGCGUGGACUUGGCGCCUGAGGCGCCGCCAGCGGUGGACAUCCAGGCUCGUGGACUCAGGGAACAGAAUCAGAGCCUGCUCUUCGCCCUGAGCAACGCCCUCCAAGAUUACACGGAGGACGUCCUGCCCCUCUUUGAGAAUCUCUGCCACGAGCGAGGGCUGGCGCUCCCGUCGCGGCCGCCCUCUGCCUCGCGGCCGGGCAGUGGCCGGAUGUGAAGGCUUCGAAGUUGGAUCUCUCACGAAGGAGCCGAGAGUCGGGCGCGUUGCAGGUGGGUUUCACCCCCGUGCUUGGCCAAAGGCCGGCAUGGGGCAUCCAGACGUGCGCCUGACCAACCAGAUGCGUUGCCUUUUCUGCCGAGCGGCAGGUCAAAUCAGCAGCUCCAGCUGUGAUUCUCCGAUACUGUGCCAGACCGGCAAGAGAUUCAGGGGA